CGCAGUGUGGGUUAAGGCGCUAUAGUUCUCUUAUUUUUUGUUUUAAUGCUAAAGAUGCAUUACCGCCACCUACUGGACUGGAGUGUGGGCAGUCGAUCAAAUCAAAUGACAUGGAAAAUAAUAAUAAUAAUACCAAAACAAUACUACGUAAAUAAAGGAAAAAUAAAGAGAUAAAUAACUAUAUACUAGAUAUUCAGCCACAGUUCUUGUAUAUUUACUUACAACCACUGCAUAUAGACACGUGUAUAACCUAAUAGACCUAUAUAAGAUAUAACCCAGCACACCUAUACUAUAGCACUUGCAUUGGAAACAUACAUUACCGUCAAACGUUUAGACACAGUCAUUAUUUAUUCACCCCCCCGAAAAAAUACAUCCAAAAUAAUUUAGGAUAUAAAUUUUAAAUUUUUAGGAUCUUCAAAGUAGACGCCCUUUUUCCAGAAAUGUAUUCUUGGCAUUUCUCACUUGAUAUCUUGAGGAAUUUCCCUGAGAUGCUUUUUAAACAGUAUUAAAGGAGCCUCAUUUCACUGCUGACUUUGUUCCUGUCUUAAUUUCUUUGUGGGAUAUAAUAUAUAUUUUUUAGGAAAACAAUCUGCAGAUCACUGAUAGGAACCAGGUUCUGCUGGUCAGUCACGUUAGGAGGUUGGGUCCUGCAGCAGCUCCUCCACCAGGACCUGUCUUACUCAUCCCGGAGUUCUGCUACCUCACAGGUCUCCCUCACAGAGCGGGAGAAACACAGCGCUUAAUCAUUGUCUGCUUCUUAUCGCACUAAUUGUUGUAACUUGCUCAGGUCUGACUGAUAAGAUGCGCACGACUUUAACAUCAUGAAGGACCUUUCCACUCACACCAGACUGACCCCAGAACAGUGGGAGAACCGCCUCAACAGAUUCAUCAACAACAUGAGCAGGAAUGCCAGUGUUCAGACUACACUCAGCACAUGGGGUCUAAGCUUUGAGAACGAGCUGCUGAAUCUGACUGGAAGAGUCCUUCCUGCUGAAAGGAUCCUACAGGGAGUGAGAGCAUACGAGUACAACCCAUGUGAUGCGGUUUGGUCUAAAGAGAUGCGAGGGCUUCCUCUGAUGACCAGCAUGCCUCUGGAGACCUGGCUGCUGUCCCAUACGCGCCGUAACGCUGACGUCGCUCACUCACUGCUGCAGACCCUCAACAAAGUGCCCGUGGGCAUCCACCUUCAGAGGCCGGGAAUGAUGGAGUACGAUGAUCGACAGGAGGCUCUGCUGAGAGCUCUGCAGCAGAGAGUGGGGCAACAGGUUCAGAUGGUGGUUGUGAUCCUCUCAACCAACCGUAAGGAUAAAUACGAUUGCGUGAAGAAGUACCUGUGUGUGGACUGUCCCAGUCCAAGCCAGUGUGUGGUGGCUCACACCCUCAGCAGACCUCAGACCCUCAUGACCAUAGCCACAAAGAUCUCCUUGCAGAUGAACUGCAAGAUGGAAGGAGAGCCGUGGAGCGUCGAGAUCCCGUUGAAGCACCUGAUGAUGUUGGUAUCGACUGCUACCACGACAGUGCCGCAGGAAAGAGAUCCAUCGGUGCACUGGUGGCCAGCCUCAACCCGGGCAUGUCCAGCUGCGCUGAAGGCCUACUUCAAAUACAACGAAUGUUUGCCAUCACGCAUCGUGGUGUACCGAGACGGCGUGGGCGACGGCGUGCUGCUGAGCGUAGUCGACUACGAAGUGCCUCAGUUCACGCAGUCCACCAAGGCCAUGGGUGAAGAUUCCGCGCCCAAACUGACCGUGUUGGUGGUGAAGAAACGCAUCUCUUCCAGAUUCUUCGCUCUCCUCGACGCCAGACUGAGCAACCCUCCUCCCGGAACGGUCAUCGACGCCGAAGUCACGUGACCCGAGUGGUACGACUUCAUCGUGAGUCACAAAGUGCGCUUCGGCAGUGUGGCCCCCACUCACUACAACGUGGUGUACGACAGCAGUGGCCUCAAACCAGACCACAUGCAGAGACUCACCUACAAACUCUGCCACAUGUAUUACAACUGGCAGGUAAAAGCCACACACACACACACACGUUCAUACGGGAGGAGGGUUGCUCAGUCAACGAUUUUCAUUAUCGAUUAUUAUCAACUAUUAUGGAUUAGUUGUUGCAGCUCUAUUUGCAACACAUUAUACUAAGAAUUGUGUGGUAUUUUAAGAUGUUUGUUCAAGGUAAUGCAGUUAAUACCCAUUGCAGUUCUUUAUACUUCGGGGUUAUUACUCAGAUUAUAAAUGUAUUUGAGUGAGGACAUUUAUCACCUGUGUGCUUUUUCUGCAUUGUUAUUAGCAUAUGUACUGUAUGAUUUAGUAAAAUAAUCAUUAGCCAUUACGUUGUUAUUCUGAUUACUCUGGGUGUGUGUGUGAGUGAGUUCAUGCUCUUGGGUGUGUGUGCUGUGUGCUGCACUUCCUCUUUUUGGUCAGGCCCUAGGCCUUGCUGUAGUUAACUUUUAAGAGACACUGUCUAUAAGGAAGAGAGCAUGACUCUGCUCUUUCCCUUAUUCUCAAUAAAUUCUCAUUCUCCAUAUUUUAUUGCCCUUGUGUUUUAUUUCUAUCAAAAAUCUUCUCCAACACUGAUAACGAUCGGUCUGAUGAGACCUGAGCCAGGAGAGGACCGUUCCCUUAAUGCCAACAACAUUUUCUAAUCUAUCUAGCACAGAGGUGCCCAAACUUUUUCCUGUGAAGGGCCAAGUUUGGCCCGCAGGCCCUAGUUUGGGCACCUCUGAUCUAGCGUGUAGCGGAGCGUUGAUUCGGUCGCCUGAUCGAGUUCUAUCGGAUCAGACGGUGAUCCAAAUCUAACUGAUGUCUGUGCGAGGUUAUUGAUGAAGCUCGGUGCAGUAGCUGAUGUGAAAGUACAUUGUAUGCGGUGGCGAGGUGGAAAUAUGAUCCAUACGUAUUAUGAACGAGAUAAGAUAAUGGUCUGAGACAACUUCAGACUGUGGAAGUGUUACAAUAUUUUCUAUAUUUAAUCCGUACGUAUGAGGUCAAGAGUGUGACCACCAUUAUGAGUAGGCCCGAUUACGUUCUGAUUGACCUCUACUGAAUCUAAGAUGGACACAACCGCUGUUCUCAGAGGGUCUUCUGGGUUAUCAAAAUGAAUAUUAAAGUCUCAGAUGAUUAAUGCUUUAUCUACAGAAACAACCAGGUUUGAGAUAAAGUCUGCAAAUUCACUAAGAAAUUCAGCAUAUGGCCCUGGGGGUCUGUAAAUAAUAAUUAGAGGAAUUGACUUAAGUUCUACAUAAGUUAUGCAGGUAUAAAGAAUUUCAAAAGAAUUAAAUUCAUGAUUAGGUUUUUGUGUGACGACUGGAUUUUGACUAUGGAUGAGACCAACACCUCCUCCUCUACCAGUUGAACGAGGCUGAUGUUCAUAACUGUAUCCAGGAGGACUGGCUUCAUUUAAUGCUAUGUACUCGUUUGGUUUAAUCCAAGUUUCCGUUAAACACAUUAAAUUACAUUCCUGAUCAGUAAUGAUGUCGUUAACAAUAAGAGCCUUAGACGCAAGAGAUCUAAUGUUUAAUAGUCCUAGCUUCAGAUUAAAGGUGCUGGAUGUAUGAUCUAAUUUAAGGUUAAUUAGGUUACUAAAACAAGCAUUCUGAAAUUGUCUAUGUAUUUGUAUUGCUCGGGGAACAGACACAGUCUCUAUAGUAUGUACUACAGGUGU